CACAUGGGUUUGAAUGCGAGGCAGAUCAAAAAGGUUCUUCUAAGCAAGCUUCUUUCUUUGUACUUAAAAAUGUUUCGUUCCUUUAAAACACUAUCUGGACUUGAAUAUUAUACAAUGGAUGAACAAAGAACCUUACUUUGGUAGAAAUCAGAUUUAUAAGGACAAAAAUGGAAAGUAUUUUGAAUAAAGUAGACAACCUUUCAGUGGUAGCUGAUGAACCAUUUAGUUCAGUUCAGGAAGAAACACUUGUGAACUUACACUCAUUGAUAAAUGGUGCUCUUCCUGGAUUUCUUGAUACAAAAUCAAAAAGGGACACAAUUGAGGUGAUUAGCUCCUGUAUCAGAAAGUACAAAGAGCAUGCAGAUAUUGUUAUUAUUAAAGAGUUGCAAAAUAUAGUCAAUGAAUAUAAGUUGAAUCAAUCUUCCAGGAUCUUAUUGGCUUUCAUGGAUGGACCUAGGAACCUGAAAAGAUGCGUUCUUUCAAACCCAAAGUUUUUCUGCGAUUAUUUGGUUAGAGUUCUAGAAACAUCUUCACAUAUGUUGCUGAAAGAUAGUGAAAUUGAAAGCGGUGAUUCUGAUUCGUCAUUUGAAGAGAGGCUUUUCAAUGGCAUUAAGUUAUGUGUUCACAUGUUGCAAAUUGUUGGAGAUGAAAUUAUCAAAAAAGUUUUUGCAACUGACACUGAAUGUAACUGGGAAAGAAAAUGGGCUUGUCAGGUGAUUACACAUCUGAUUUCUGUUAUUAAAAGCAAGGUAUUGCAUAAAGAAACGCUGAGUAUAGCAGCCAUUGCCUUGGCUCACGUCAUGAACAAUGCUCCUUUGGAAUGGUCAUUGAAUCUAGCUGGGCUCCUGAUUCAAACCACGGUGAAAUUCGAAGAACCAGACACAAGAAUUUGGCCGAUAAUAAUUCCAGCAGAUUAUCUUCAGAACGGGUCUUCUGAGCUGAGCUUGAUUGCCGUUAUAAAUGGAUUCGUCACAGUCUGUAAUUCAAAGAUUUUACUUGAAAGAGUGAUUUGGGAUGAAAAUUUCAUGGAUGAAGAGAUACUGAAUCACUUAUUCACUACCCUUUACACGGCCUGCACAACUUCUGUCGACACAGAGCACAAAUACUACAGCUUUCAAGUACUCAAUGCAUGGCUUGAUACUGUUUCAAGAAUCACCCUCGAAGAAUAUCAUGCUGGAGGCGAAAGAAAACCUAUGUUCAUGACGUCAUCAUCUGUAUGCAAAAAGCUGUUGCAUUUAAUUUGGGAAAACAGGGAAGAUAUGACGGAUGGUGUGCCUAAAAUCGUUGUUAGCAUUUUCGGCAAAGUUAUCAUGCUACAUCAAAAGGAAAGGACGUUGCUUGGCACAUUAAGUAAAGACAACGAAUUCAUUGGAUCCAUGCUGGCUCAGUUACUAGCCGACCCAUGGUACAUAAAAGGACGAUACACUCUACUUUGUGAACUAUUACAUCAUGUCAGUCCAGAUCAAGUUUUACAAACAGAACCUUCGUUUCCUGCCUCCUUGUGCAAGUCCUUCAGUGCGUCUAUUUUAGUUUCUGCAGCCAAUGAAUGUUAUAAAACAUUUAUACUUUCAAAAAGAAAUUUAUUUGGAACAGAAUCGAAGGACUGGACUGGAGAUUACUGGGCAUCAAUUUUUCAGAAGCAUUUUGUUGAAAUGCUUAUCAGUAGAAAAACACGUUCCACUGAAGCUUGCGCUCUAUAUUUUAUUCCAACAACACUACAGAAAAUCCCAUCAACUUUCUACAUAUUAAGAGAUGCUGUCCUUGAGGCCAUAGAAUUGACAAACUCAAAAAAUAGGCAAAGUGUGCAAGAGCGGAAUCGCAUCAGAAGAAACCUGUCUUUUGCUUACUGCACAGUUCUAAAGAUAGGGCGGAAAAACGGUUUAGCAUCUUUUGAAGAUGUGAACUAUAAUGUAUUAAAUGAAUGCUUGGGACACAUGAACGAUGAAUUGAGAGCAGAGGCGUUAUCAUUGCUAUGUCACAACAACAAAACUACAGAGCCAGUAAAUGCACAGGAGCAAAUGCUGGUGUUGGAGUUUGUAAAGAACAAUUUGAACUGCGCCUCCUCAGCCUUUCGACAAACGCUGUUUGUGUCAAUGAAAAUUCUCAUGGCAAGAUUACGCGAUAGCUGUAUAAUGCUCCUACGCGAGUACAAGAAAUCAAAGAAGGCACUAGCAAGAAAAGAUCACUUUGUUCAACCACCAGAAACUUUUACCUCAUCAAUAGAAAUGGUAGAAGAUCUUUUUUCGUUGUCAAUCAGCUGUCAGUUCCCAGGUGCUUCAUUCCAGCGAAGGAAAACUGGUCUACAGCUUUGUCACACUAUUCUGGAGACCUUCUCGUCACCAAAAGAUGCUGUUAAAAGAGGCAGAACCGCUGAAUCUCUGAAAAACUUGGCAGACUGGGUCAAAACAAAUGGAAAGUGGGAAUUUGUCACUAAAAGAAAUCUAGAAAUCCUAGUUUCCUGUUUUGAGGACCAACAUGACGAGAUUCGUGAAUCUGCACUUGAAAUUUUGAAAUGGUUUCACUUUGAUACAGUUGGAAUGACAGAUAAAGAAACAAAGGAAUUCGGUAUAAAGUUGAUGGGCCAAACGUAUCAACUGUUGAAAAGUCCCAGGAUUCGUGACGCUGAGAGUGGUACAAUAUUAUUAGAAUUUGUAACAUCGAGGUUCUUAAAGUGGGAUGCAGUAUCAGUGUUCGAGGACGGAAGCUCACUGGAAAAAUCCUUUGAUGAAAUAGAAGACCCGUCAAAAUUUAGCAGUCUGCUGCAUGUUAUGUUCUCGCUUUUUCAUAUCACCAACAAACACAUUGAUGAGGCCUACCAUGAUUUCCUCCACGCAUCCAUACAGCAGCCUGUCUUUGGUUUCGUAAUGGCAGCUCGAAGAUGCUUCACUUUAGUGCUGCACCAUUUAUCAACGAUGGGGAGGAUAUCUUGUAAAACUGAAAGUCAGUCGGAGGUCCUUGGCUCCUUGGUCAAAGAGUCAGUGAAAAUAUGUCGCAGGGUCACUUUGUUGGCAAUGUUUACUUUCAAAAAGGAGACGGGGGAGAAAGAGGGUGGCUCUCCUUCUUUUGCUGACAUGAGUGAUUCUCUAAAUGAAACAUUGAAGAAAUGCGCCAGCUUCAAAUCAUUAGAAGAACAAAUUGGGUAUCAACACUGCAGUGAGCUUUUAGCAUCAUUUUGCUGGCUGAAUAUUAAGGCCUCGACACUUUUCCUUGGAGAAAUAGGACGAAUUAUGACAUUGGAAUGGUUAGAUCUCUCUUUGAGGAAGCAGUUCUUAUCAGACGAAAUUUUCAAUCAAAUUGGUGACAUUUUUCGUGAGACACUUGUUCAAUGUCGCCAUAAGGGAGUUAUUGAAAACUCCAACGUUGGUUUUCAAAUGCUUUGCAAAUCUGUGGCAUCUAUUUCAUCAAUGACCAAUAUUUUAAAUGACUGGAUUGAAGAUACCAUCGAUGCUGUAGAUCGUAAUGAUUUUAAUUCUUCUGUAACCAAGCGAAGUGCUGGUCUACCUAUGUUUUUGCAGCCGCUCAUCUCUGCAUGCAUUUCGUCUCGACGUUUCGAUUUUGCUGCAUACAUUGAAAAGUUGAUAGAUAUUGCGAAAAGGCCACUACCGUCUUCUGAGGAGGAGCAGAGCGAUCUUCCACAGGUUCAGGCCUUGAAUAUACUGAAAACGAUGUACCGAGACAGCUGGCUCGGAAACGAGGCUCUCAAGUAUGCACAAGACGGGCUGAUGCUUUCAGUUGAAGGGUUUUCAUCGCAUUCUUGGGCCAUACGAAACGCAGCACAAAUUCUGUUGGGUGCUCUGGUUCCUAGAAUGUUUGGCCAGAGAGUUACCCAAGCUGAUAAAUGGCAUCACAAUUCCCUCAGCACCACAAUGUUUUUUAAAAUGUAUCCAAAACUCGAGGAUUUUUUCAUCGAAAAACUGCAAUCUGAAGGUGUUUUUGAUCAAAAGGUCAAUUCCCUCUCAUCAUUGAUCCCAAUCUUGACUAUGCUGUCAAGAUUGAGGCCCUGUGAUUAUGAGCUAGUGCAGUCAGAUUUCUGUCCAUUACUGAAACGUCUUAUCGAUUGUCCGGUUUACACCGUUCGCGAACUUGCUGCUGGAUCAUUGGUACAGUUUUUGCCUACUGUCGAAGUUUUUGGCUUUAUUGACAUGCUGAUCAAGGAUGCGACUUCUCUUAACGAAAACCUAAAGCAUGGAAUUAUGCUUAUAAUAAAACAUCUAAUAGAAGUCCAGGAUGAUGACAAACGUGUUAGUGACGGUGUUACUGCAAAAAUGCUGUUGGCAGUGUCAGGAUCCUUACUGGGAAGUGGAAUAUGCGCUACACUCGCAACCUGUACUUUGCUAGAAAUCUUCAAAAUUAUCUUGCCAAAAUUAUGUGAAUCUACCAAUAAUGAUGAUAUUUUGUUACGUGACUACAUCAAAACUUCAUUGGAAGUGACGUUAGCUUCAAUGACAGAUGUUUGUAAAACAGACUUAGAGCCAGGAAUCUAUUUAUUUCUCAGACGGUUGGCUCAAUUAGUUGUCUGUUCUGUUUUGCAUUGGCAGAAUGUGGAUAACAGUUUCGCAAGCAACUUGCUGUCAAACGCUCUGUCUCCCAAAAAUCAUACCCUAUUGUUGGAAAUGGCUAACGAACUGACACGUUAUUUGAAAGAGGGUCACUUCUUUGAGAUGUCCUUGAGACAUGACAUAUUUCGCAAAAUUUACGAGCAAAUUUCCUUUCUGAAAGACAGUGAAUUUCAAUCAAAAAUGAUGCAGUGCUGUUUCUAUGCACUCAAGGGUAUAGAGAUCUUCAAUUUACCAAUCGAGAGCACCUCGAGUCUGUUGAGUAGCUAUCUGAAUUUAAAUAUAUCUGGAGCUUCGCAAAGAUAUCUUGCUUCAUUUUUACCGUUCACUGGAAUGGUGUUGAAGCAUUUAGACCCAACUUCGAUUGCCAGUGGAAGCGUCUUUGUGGAAAUAAGCAAUCUUUGGUCCGAAAUGGUAAUGAAUUUUUCUCAGCCAGAUGAAGGGGAAACUCUCAGAUGGAGCAGUGUAAAGGCUGUUCAAUGCUCUAUUGAAAGUUUCCUAAAACUUUUCAAAAGUAACAAUGAUGCAGAUGUUUCACCAAGAUUUGAUUCGGUGGCAACGGUUUGUGCAAGGCUCAUUAUGGCAGCUUUGACGUUAAUUCAAGAUGAAGACGAAAACAUUCGUAACGCUGCUACUGAUAUUGCAGUUGCUAUAUCGCAGCUCAACGGCCGGGCAGCUUGGGAUCAACUGCAGCCGAAUCUAGCAAUGAAGCUGGUACUGAAUUACAUCAAAGAUAACAUGCAAAAUAAUGCGGUUUUAUUUGAGAUGUUGUUUGAAAGCUUAAGCGGACUUGUAGGUCCUGAAGUUAACCCAAAUGAAGACACUAGGUCAACUUUGCUAUUUGAACAAGAAAGUGCAAAUCUUUUUGCUGAGAAGGCUGUGUAUGCCAAGCAGGUCAUGGGUCUUUUUGAGGAGUUGGGAAACCAUUUCAGAACAAGUCAACACGAGAGCUCUCUUCAGAAAGUGACAGGCUGCAUAAAGCAUUUUGCAGAACAGUUUAUUUCAAAAAGUAAAUUUUGGGCUGAUGAUAAUAAGGAUGUUAAGGAAGAUUGCAGAUUUCCAACAUAUUUUGAUGAAACUUGCAAUCCAAAGAUAUUUCUAUUUCUAACAGUGGCUUUUGGAAUCUUGCAAAUGGCAGACAGUGUUGCUGCCAAUGAUGUGGUUGCAAAGAUAAAUGAGCUUAUCCACACAAUUUCUAAGGGCAAAGAUCAACAUCCAUUUCUGGAAAAUGAACACAGAAUGGGUUUUGGCAACAUACAUGAACAAUCAAAAUAACUUAACAACAGUAAGGUUCAUACUCUUUUAGCAUUAGUUUACUGACAUUGUUUUUUGUGCUUCAAAAUAAGCAAUCUGAAGGGUGAAUUAAAUUUACCAUAAAAGAUUACCUCAAAAUAGAUAUGAAAAUGUAUUAAUGCCAGUCACGAAUCACGAUGA